AUGCAAAGAACUUCUAUACGUGUCAAACACUUUCAAGAAGACGAUUUACAUAUGCACCUCGAGAUGCUGUUACUAGAAUUAGUGGAGAAAAUGAACUAUGGCCACUGUUAUGCUAUACUCUUUGAUGAAGUGUACGAAAGUGUAUUGAAUGAGUAUUUCUUUCACCAAAUUCGUCGCGCUGCUCGUUACAUUGUAAAAAUCGCUGAAGACGAAGACACUUUCAACCCGCGCCCAGCCUUAAAAUGCAUUCUCGAAAAUAUACGACGAGUUGGUUGCGGUGGCUACGUUAUACUUAUGGCCAAUGGAAUUCAGCUGGAACGUCUUCUAAGAUUCGGCGAUAAGACACGCAUCAUUGAUACACGUGCUCGAUACAUUAUGAUGCAUAAUUAUCGUCUAUUUACCCCACAGCUAAAUUACAUCUGGAAGCGCAUUGUCGAUGUCCUGUUUGUACGGCCGCUAAGGAGGAAAAAGUUUCCUUGGAAACAGUUUAACCAUUCCAACACGACGCCUGUGUACGAAUUAAGCACAGUUCCAUUCCCAAUGCCGAUCAAUGGUGUGUUUUUCUCGAAAAUUGUAAACUUCUGGCAAGCGGGUAAAUUUCGUUUAGCUAACAGCACUUAUUUUAGCAAUAAAACUAACGAUCUGCGCCAUCAAAAAAUGCACGUGGUUGUGCUAGAACAUACACCGGCCGUAUUUAAACUAGAGACACGUGAUGGAAUGUCGUCCAGCAUAAACACGAGUAACGAUUCCGACAGCGCCAAAAAUGUGUCUGCAUUUGCUCAAUCGAAAACCUUCUACUAUGGACUGGAAAUAGAGCUACUAAAAGCAAUUUCAAAAGCCAUGCGCUUCGAUAUGGUUUUCUACGAAACUUUCGAUGCCGAUAUUGAGCGCUGGGGCUCAGUGCAAGACAACGAAACGCUUACAGGAUUGCUAAGAGAAAUGUACGAAGGAAAGGCAGAUUUCGCCCUCGCCGAUCUACAUCAUACGGAGUAUAAUCUUGGUUUUAUGGAUCUCAGCAUACCCUACAACACGGAAUGUUUAACGUUUCUUACGCCCGAAGCACUGAGCGAUAACUCCUGGAAAACGUUGAUUCUCCCAUUCAACCGAGAAAUGUGGACUGGUGUAAUGAUAUCCUUGUUUUCCGUUGGUUUCGUGUUUUACGCAUUCUCGAACACGCUCACGUUCAUUCAUCAUCACGAACGAGGCUAUCAACCAGAGCAGGAUUUACUUCAGCGCCAUCACAAUCAGAAGAAUCACCGAAAAUAUUACUUGUGGACAAGAUUUAGGAAAAAUCGUUACAGUACAGCCUGUAAAUCAAAGCUAACCAAUGGCUUAACGCGCAUCCUGCGCAAAGCACACAGACGUAAGAAAUACUCCACAAAAGCAACGCAUUACACUGCCAACGGUUUGAAAAAAUUACAAAUGAUACCCUUUAAGCGCAAACCAGAACCUUGGCAUGAUCCCUUACCAGCGUACGAUAUUUUUGAUACGUUUUCGGGCUGCAUCAUGUACACUUACAGCAUGCUACUAUUGGUAUCACUGCCCCGUCUACCCAAUGGAUGGCCCCUUCGUGUCCUAACCGGCUGGUAUUGGGUGUACUGCGUCCUGGUAGUAGUCGCCUAUCGGGCCUCCUUCACAGCAAUACUUGCAAAUCCGAUACCGCGGCUCACGAUCGAUACGUUGCAAGAUUUGGCCGAAAGUCCCAUUCAUUGUGGUGCUUGGGGUGAACAAAAUAAAUUAUUCUUCCAAAUGGCACAGGAUCCCUACUCUCAAGCGAUCGGCGCCAAGUUGGAGCAUGCGCCAAACUAUAAUGAGGCGGUUGAUAAGGUAAGCGAAGGCAUGUACGCAUACUACGAAAACAUCUACCUGCUGCGACAGCUGCGAUCGACGAGGAAAUCGGUAAAGGCUCGCCAGACGCUGCACAUUAUGCAGGAAUGUGCCGUGCAUAUGCCAAUAUCGAUCGGGUUGGAGAAGAACUCGCCCUUAAAAUACCAAGUCGAUCGUCAUGUUAGGGCAUUGAUUGAAGGAGGUCUCACCCGGAAAUGGCUGUCAGAUGCGAUCGAACGGUUCCAGUCCAACGUGGAAUUGCCACCGCAGGAAGCUACGAUAGAUUUGAAAAAAAUGUACGCCGGCUUUGUGGCGCUCUGUCUCGGGUACGUGUUGGCGCUGUUCGCAUUCAUCGCGGAAAAACUGUACUGGACGUAUUACAUCGAAACCAAUCCGGCAUUUGACAAAUAUUUGCACGGUAUUACAUUUCGGAAGCGAAUGUGA